UUAAAACUUAUUAUUGAUAUCAUCAUUUCCUAUCUUUACAACAUCACUUGAAAAAUAUGACAAGUGAAAAUGAGCGAAGUGAAGUUGAUUUCAAAUUUGGUAAUGAGGAAGUAGCAUCAGCCCAUUCUAAACUACAUGAAGUAAUUGAUGAGUUGACGGGAAAAACGACCAAUGUGGAGAGGAGAUUAUCAGGUCGCGACAAAGUCCCACAACCGAAGAUACAGAAGGUUCCUCAGGUCCUUAGAGAUGAACAGAAGAAUUUUCAGAAGUACUACCACCCAAAGUGGAUAUCAAUCGGUCCAAUUCAUCAUGGCAACCCCAAAUUCCGGGUUGCAGAGCAACGAUUCAAGUUUCUCUUCGCAGCAGAGUUCGUCAAAAACAGCGGCCACCAAUCCCAGGAGCACCUUUACAAAAAAGUAAUGGAAAAUAUUAAGGUGCUGAAGCUAUGUUUCGAUGAUGAGGUGCUCAAGGAGUAUUAUCGUAAAGAUGGCAAGGAUGAUGAGGCCUUGGGGUGGAUGUUGUUCUUGGAUGGAUGUUUUACACUCCAAUUCAUUUACAGCACUGUGAAUGGUGAGUCGAUGAGACAUUUUGAGAUUAAAAAUGACCAGGUUGCUUUUGUGUUUCACGAUUUUUUCUUGCUAGAGAAUCAAAUCCCAUACCUUGUCCUGAGCCUGUUGAUGGAGAAUUCGGAAAAGGAAUUCUCUAAGAAUUUGGAGGGCUCGAUCAAGCAGUUUCUUAGUUUGAAUGUUUUGACACCUGAGAAGUAUGGCAAGCCUACGAUGGUCCCUCCAAAGGACUACAUGCCAGUUCAUCUUCUUGAUUUUCUACGCUUGGCGCUCCUUCAAACAUGCAAUAAAAGUUCAAAUUCAUGCAUCUACACAUACCUAUUAGCUUGUCUGCCUAAACAACUCAGAGCCAAACUCACUUCUCUGGAUAAUAAUAAUCCUAAAACUAGCAUGAGUAAGAGUUCUGAUGAAGAGAACCCCGCCAGGGAGAAACCCACCAGGAAGAAACCCGCCGAGGAAAAACAACAAACUUUUCGUAGUGUGAUGGAUCUCAAGGCAGCCGGAAUCAACUUAAAACGGAGCAAGAGUAGCUCUUUAAAAGACAUAAAAUUUUCUUCGAGACUCUUCUCAGCUGAACUAGAACUUCCACCAAUAACAGUAGAUGACUCAAUGGCUCCUAAAUUCUUGAACCUGAUCGCCUUUGAAAUGUGUCCAGACAAUACCAAGACCGAGUACGAAGUGUCAUCUUACAUAAGUUUCCUAGACUCACUCAUUGAUUAUCCCAACGAUGUGAAAGAGUUGAGAUCAUCUCACGUACUCCACAACCUUCUUGGCUGUGACAAAGAAGUGGCACAACUUUUUAAUGAGAUGGGCAGAUUUUUGGUGCCAAAUCCUGAGGCGUACGAGGAGGUGAUAAGCCAAAUAGAGAAGCACUACCACAACAAGUGCCUGACUUGGAUAGCUCAAGUCUUGAACGAACAUUUCAGUACUCCUUGGACGAUUGUCACUUUUGUGGCUGCGUUUUUGGCUCUUGGUAUGUCCUUUAUUCAGACCUAUUACACUAUCUAUCCUAGAGGAGAAUGAUCUUUAUAUAUAUAUAUAUAUGAGAUCAAAUAUAAUGGACCUUCAACACUACAUUAAUUGGACUCUCAUUAUUCUUUUUCCAUCAAAAUUUAUAUACUUUUUUUUAAAAAAACAGGCAUCGAUUGAUGAUCCUAAUAAAUUUGUGAGCAGCUUCUUUCUA